GCUAAUCCAUCUAUGGAGUUUCCCAUUAUGUUAGCAUUAAACCAACGUUAGACUUUAACGCAAAGUUACGUGGCUAUUUUAAAUGACCAACUAACCCUAACCUAUUAGACUUUUUAUUCUUUCCAUUUUUUGUACAAUUACCAACCCAAGAUGGCUGCUCCCUGUGCCGCAUUCUCCAUGUCCAAAAUAAUCCAACCUUUUCGGGCUGGAAUUGCUGGAAACGCGAUUAAAGUAUUUGGACCAACAGUCACAAGUCACAGGAAUAAAACGGUGUUGACUGGAAGUAACAUUCCGCCUCCCGCAAAGUAUGGCGGCAGACAUACCGUCACUCUAAUCCCUGGAGAUGGAAUCGGUCCAGAGCUGUUUAGUCACGUCAGGGAAGUGUUCAGGUUCAGCUGUGUCCCUGUGGACUUUGAGGUGGUACAGGUCAAUUCUGCCUUAGAGACCGAAGAUGACAUCAAUAACGCCAUAACUGCCAUCCGCCGUAAUGGAGUAGCGCUCAAAGGUAACAUAGAAACCAGGCAUAACAUGCCCCCCUCUGUCAAAUCCGGGAACAAUCUUCUUCGCACGAGCUUGGACCUGUACGCCAACGUGAUGCACUGCCAGUCCCUGCCCGGCGUCCAGACUCGCCACAAGAACAUCGACAUCUUGAUCGUUCGGGAAAACACCGAGGGAGAGUACAGCAGUCUGGAGCACGAGAGCGUCUCCGGUGUUGUGGAGUCUCUGAAGAUAAUCACCAGGACUAAUUCGCUCCGAAUUGCCGAGUACGCCUUCCGGCUGGCCAGAGAGAAAGGCCGACGCAGGGUGACGGCCAUCCACAAGGCUAACAUCAUGAAGCUAGGCGACGGCUUGUUCCUGCAGUGUUGCAAGGAGGUGGCCUCGGGAUACCCCGACAUCACGUUCGAUAGCAUGAUUGUGGACAACACCACCAUGCAGCUGGUGUCCAAGCCGCAGCAGUUUGACGUGAUGGUGAUGCCCAACCUGUACGGCAACGUGGUGAGCAACGUGUGCGCCGGCCUGGUGGGAGGACCCGGCUUGGUGCCUGGCGCCAAUUACGGCCAAAACUACGCCGUUUUUGAAACGGCCACGAGGAACACGGGCAAAAGCAUCGCAAACAAGAACAUUGCCAACCCCACCGCCCUGCUGCUCGCCAGCUGCAUGAUGCUCGACCAUCUUAAGCUUUACGAUCACGCAAACCUGAUCCGCAAUGCCGUACUCACAACCAUGAAUGAAACCCGGUUGCACACAGCGGACAUUGGCGGCCAGGGCACCACGUCCGAAGUGGUUCAGUCCAUCAUGCGAAUCAUCCAAAGCAAAGGACAGCGCACAGCUGAGAUGUAAGCGUCCAAUGCGGAACAUAUUUAUGUUGUAUUCUUCACCUUCCAUAAAAGCAGACUCGAAAAUGGCAAAUGGUAUACUGUAAGUUUGUUCACAAAACUGCAAAGCUUACAUGAGAGUUGACAGCAAAAGAUUUUCAACUUAGUGGAUGACAAUUCACGACUUGCUGCUGUGCUGUAACUUCUACAAAAUUUCACUCUAUUUAAACUGUACUAUUUUGUAUGUAGACAUCAUAUCAUCGAAGCAUCUUAAUGUAAACUGCACAAAUAAACCUGCUUUUUGUCUGCAAUGAA